ACCAAAUCCAAAUAAACAAAACCAACUCCCUACUCUCUUUGCGGCUUUCCCUCUCCUCCAUUUUGAGUUUUUCAAACUUUCUCAGCUACCAGACAAAGGACCAAUAUCCCCUUCUUUCUGCUUUUCUUUUUUGUCUUUCCUUUCUCUCUCUCUCUCUCUCUUCUGUCUUUUUGCUUUAGCCUAAGACAAUCCUCACCUUUCUUCACCAUUCCCACUCUCAUUCAUUGCCCACCAUUUCCUUUUCCCCUUUUGCCUGUUGGGUCUUAGGUUUGAACAACAAAGGUCGAAACUGAAUUUGGGUUUGUUGCUCCCCCAUUCCCCACUGUUGAUGAGUUGAUUGCUUUGCCGUUUGGGAGCUUUCCACCAAGUGUCGGUAAUAUCAAUGGGGUUAGUUGAUGACAACAAGAACAAGGAGAAGGAGGCAAGCGAGGAUGAAGGAGGAGCUGCCAGGGGUGGUGGCAGACAAUUGAGUGAUGAUUCCUCUUUCUAUACCACUGAUCAGGAGGAGGAUAACGAUGAUGAGAGCGCACUUCAUUUGGGUCCCCAGUGUAGUCUCAAGGAACAGCUUGAAAAAGAUAAGGAUGAUGAGAGCUUAAGGAAGUGGAAAGAACAGCUUCUCGGAAGUGUGGAUAUUAACAACAUUGGAGAAACACUUGAUCCUGAAGUAAAGUUCCUUAGCGUGGCCAUCGUGUCGCCGGAAAGGCCAGACAUGGUUCUUUCGAUCCCUGAAGAUGGAAAGCCCCAGGGCUUAUGGUUUACACUGAAAGAAGGUAGCCAUUAUCGGUUGAAAUUCUCCUUCCAAGUUAGCAACAACAUUGUAUCUGGUCUCAGGUACACAAAUACUGUUUGGAAAUCAGGUCUCAGGGUUUUCAGCACAAAAGAUAUGAUUGGAACCUUUAGUCCUCAACAAGAGCCUUAUACACAUGAAAUGCCAGAAGAGACUGCCCCUUCUGGUUUUAUGGCUAGAGGAUCAUAUACUGCAAAGUCAAAGUUCCUUGAUGAUGAUAACAAGUGCCACUUGGAGAUCAACUAUACAUUUGACAUCCGUAAAGACUGGGCUUCAGCUGACUAAGGAAACAACCUGAUGAUGAGGUGGAUGGAUGGAUGUUCGGAUGGCGUUAUAUUUUCAGCUAUUAAUUACAUAUAUAUCUCUCUUUCAGACCAGUUUUGUUUUAACUGCUAGUUUCCCCAGUUGCCUUAACCAUCUCGUUUAUUGUUGUUUGAGAUGUUUUGAUAAUGAAAUGUCUAGAAAAUUGUUCUUGUUCAAUUUCUCGAUGUGCAUAUAUCAACAACUUGAGCUGAGUCUAUGAUUUUUUCUUUUUAUCUUCAAA